AUGGACACCAACGAGGUGCGGGGCCCCGCCAGGCUCUACGCGCACCUGCUGGCGACGAACGCCGUCUCGUGGCGCGGCGUGCUUGCCGGCCGCGUCAGGUUGACGGAGGAGGACACCACGUCUUCAUCGCGCAUGUUCCUCAAGGUGCUCUUCCAGGAGCUGUUGGAGCGGCUCGGGAUAUGGCUGGUCCGGCGGAGGAUGAUCGACGACGACCCGCUGGUCCGGGAUGCCCUCUUCCCCACUGACUCUGCCAAGAAUACAAGAUUCGCCAUUAACUUCUUCACGGCGAUCGGCCUAGGAGGAGUCACAGAAUCACUCAGGGAGCAUCUAGUCAACAACAGAGCAUGUCUUGUGGCCGCCGCCGACCGCCACUUCGGCGCCGGCGGCGCCGCUGCUCAGUCCGACCCCUCUGCUGUGCGGCAGGUGGAUCGUUAUCAUCUUCAGCCGGCCUGCUCAUCAGUUCGGCUGUUUUUCUCCGACUCCUCCGUGAACGUCGCUUUAUGA